GCGAGCGACUGCUAACAAGUUCCGCGCCGUAACACGGUGGGGACGGUCGUCUCGUUUGUAUCGAGUAACGAGUUAUAUUUACCUUCCACCAGGGAGUGGAAGAACGUGCCAGAGUUUAAGUGAUUGCUGCAAUCAUCUCGUUGAGCGUAAACAAACCAACAGUCAUCAUGAAACCAAUGUGGCCAAUGAAAGCGCUAUGCCUACUUGCAUUAGUGGCAACGGUGCUCUCGGCUGCAGUCCCUGCUAAAGAUGAAUACGUAGUAUUUGCGACGAAUAAUCGAAAAAGUCGAACAGUAUCUACUGAUGAAACAACAGACAAGCCAUUCAAGCCUGUAAAAAUGACAGAGAUGCGCGUGCGCUCCGAAAUAGCGCUGCGCUACGCGCGCACGUCAGUGAUCACACACGUUACGAACCCCGACUCUAGGUCGCAGGAGGCCACCUUCCGCAUGCUGCUGCCCGAAACCGCCUUCAUAGCAGGAUUCACUAUGAUACUUAGCGGUAAAUCCUACAAAGCCUAUGUAAAAGAAAAAGAAGAAGCUAAGCAGAUUUACACCCAAGCAGUGUCACAGGGUCUCGGUGCAGCUCACGUUGCUACGAAGGCACGAGAUUCUAAUCACUUCACGGUGUCAGUCAACGUGGAAGGCAACACAACUGCGGUCUUUGACAUGAGAUACGAAGAGUUUCUGUUUCGCCGUAACGGGUGUUACAAUCAUGUAAUCAAUUUGCAUCCUGGCGUCAUUGUGCCAAAUAUGCAGGUCGAUGUACAUAUCAAGGAAUCACAAAAGAUUACUACACUACGAGUUCCUGAAGUGAGAACUGGCAAUGAAAUUGAUGCAACGGAGAAAGACCCACAAAAUUCGAUAGCAGUUAUCACUAGAGGUCGUAAAGAGCGCGAAGCAACAAUAACCUUUACUCCUGAUGAGAGAGAACAGAGGAGGCUUGCUGCUAUAUAUGUGGAAAAAACUAAAGAGAAGUCUUCGUCUGAAAAAUUCAUUGGCUACAGUAGCGAUGAAGAUGAACAAGAGAGCGAAGACGGUAAAGUGCUUGGACAGUUUGUCGUGCAAUAUGACGUUGAGCGAAACAACAAUGGUGAAAUUUUGGUUAAUGAUGGAUAUUUCGUACACUUCCUGUCUCCGUCGUCGCUUCCUCCACUGAGCAAGAAAGUGGUGUUUGUUCUGGACACUUCAGGAUCCAUGGCGGGCCGCAAAAUAGAGCAGUUGCGUGAAGCCAUGAUAGCCAUACUCUCUGACCUCAAUCCACACGACUUUUUCAACAUCGUCGAGUUCAACUCUUAUGUUAAGGUCCAUGAUCUGAAGGAAGCAGAUGAGGAGCCUCCACCGAGAUAUCAGCAUUAUUCGUACUACAACACGCGUGACACGCCUGUCACACUGGUGCCCGCGUCCCCUGCCACUCCUGAAAACAUUGCCAAGGCGAAAGUUGUUGUGAACAGACUCUAUGCGAGUGGAGGUACCAACAUCCAAAGCGCAUUAGAAGUGGGUCUAAAACUAGUUAGAGAGAGUGUUAAAAAGGAAAAUGGAACGAAAGCGUCGAGCGGAGUCACCGAAGCCGCUGUUGCGAAGAUCGAAGAGGAUCUGAAAAAAGAUCAAUUGGAGCCCAUCAUCAUCUUUUUGACUGACGGCGACCCGACCGUCGGUGAGACAAGUCCCAGCCGCAUCAUCUCCUCCAUUACUGAACAGAACACCGGCCAGAGACAACGGGGAGUAAUCCACUCUCUUGCGUUUGGCGAAGAUGCCGAUCGCGGUUUUCUGCGCAAAAUCUCCCUGAAAAACGACGGCUUCAUGCGACACAUCUAUGAGGGUGCCGACGCAGCGAUGCAACUGCACGACUUCUACCGACAAAUCUCUUCGCCACUCCUCUCUGGUGUGACGUUCACAUAUCCUGAAAAGCAGAUAAAAGAAGGCUCUGUCAGUCGUACGCAGUUCCGUACAAUCAAUGAAGGCUCAGAGGUGGCGGUGGUAGGGCGGCUCGCUGAAGAGGCCACCGAGCUUACUCCAGAAGUCAGCGGCUUUUGCGGCGACGAAGAUGGCGCUGGGAGAAAACGUUAUCGUGUAACUCCGAAAGUGGCCGUAAACCGCACCAAGGACGAAUACUUGCCGCUAGAGCGGCUGUGGGCGUAUCUCACCAUCAAGCAACUGCUAGACAAGCGCGACGCCGGCGACGACAACGAUGAUAGCAUUGACGACUCUAACAAACCUGAGAAAAAGGCUCUCGCUAUAGCACUUAAGUACGAGUUCGUCACACCUCUGACCUCACUAGUAGUAGUGAAGCCUGAAGAGAGUAACGCUGUGGACGUGGAGUCCGUUGAUAAAAUAUCUCAAGACGCGUCAGGUGCUUUUAUACCCCUUUCGGGCCCACCAUCAGCACCAAACAAUGCGUAUUUGACCUCUUUUGGAGCAUCCUAUGCUGCACUCCCAGAUUUUGCAAAUCCUGGCAGGACAGUCGCUUUGUUUACGAGUACAUCCAGUAGACGGAGAACUAAUACGCCUAAUACAUAUUAUGAUCGACGAAACCUGGGUGAAAAAGGGGAUCGUCCAAGUUUUGGUUUCCCUGGAUAUGCUGGUCAGGAUGAUUUUCAGGCGUCUUUCUUAAGUUUCGGAGAGACGAAGGGUGAGUCUGGGUCAUCAGAGGAUGGUGGUAUGCGGGGGAGUGGAGGAUUUUCUGGACCAGUAGGUCCUUCUGGCAGUUUUUACCAGGGUGGUGGAGGAGGAGGAGGAGGCUACGGUGCUAUCCAUGGAAGCUAUGGUGGCUACGGUGGAUUACCAGCCUUGCCUCCGCGUGACAGUUAUUUUGUAAAAGGAUCUCAGUAUACAACCACACCUCCCCUGUAUACAACGUAUCUCACUACACCUCGGGAUAUAUCUCCGUACCACCUGGAACACUUUGAUUGGACCAGCUCGUUACUCAACGACGCCAAGGACUCGAUCGUGUUCAACCUCAAUGGGACCGAAGUCAUCCUGAAGCUGUCUAGAGAUGUUGACCCGCCGAAAGCUGAUGAUGGAGACAGCGAGUGUUCAAGCAGCAAGGCUCAAGUGGGAGACGAUGGAGCAGGCAGCGUGUGCGUCUACAUAACGCGGUGCUACGCUGCUCGUAGCAUCACCGCUUUAGACUAUCAGAAGAGCUACUGCGUUGUCAACAACAGGUAUGCUGGAGUUUGCUGUGCAAGAUCUGACGUUGACAAAAAUUAAAUUAAGAUAACUUUUAUAAAUAAAUGUUUAAAUAUGACUUAAUAAA